AUGACCAAGCUGUCAGCGAUACGCGAGGCCAACGCGGCGCUCAAGAGCGAGCAGCGCAGGGGCGUCGUCGCGGUCUUCGUCGGCGCCACGAGCGGCAUCGGACUGCACACGCUCCGGACGACGGUGACGCUCUUCGCCGACCCGACCGUCUACGUCGUCGGCCGGUCCGAGGCCCGGUUCGCGGACCAUCGCGCCGAACUCGAGCGCCUCAACCCGGGCGCCCGGGUCGUCUUCCUCCAGGCCGACGUGUCCCUGCUGGCCGACGUGGACGCGGCGUGCGACCGGAUCGCCGCCGCCGCCGCCGCCGCCGCCGAGACCAAGGUGGACUACCUGUACAUGAGCCCCGGCCUGAUCCCGAUCAACGGGCCGCAGCACACGCGGGAGGGCCUCGACACCUGCUUCGCCCUCUCCUACUACGCCCGCGUCCGCUUCGUCGAGAAGCUCGCGCCCCUCCUGCGCGGAGCGCCCGCGCCGCGCGUGCUCAGCGUCCUGGCCGCCGGCCGGGAGGGCCCCCUGGUCGAGGACGACCUCGGGCUCGAGGACGAAAAGAACUGGUCGACGGGGGCCGUCAUGCGCCACACCACGACGCUGACGAGCCUGGCGCUGGAGCACCUCGCCCGGCAGCACGGCGACAUCGUCUUCCUGCACGCGUUUCCCGGCCUGGUGCGCACCGACAUCUUCGCCCGGCUGGAGGCGCCGCCCGGGAGCAGCUGGCUGUGGAAGCUGGCCGUCUUGCUGGUCAGCCGGGGAGUGACGGCGCUGAUGUGGCUGCGGGGCAUUACCCCCGAGGAGAGCGGGGAGCGCCAGGCCUGGCACCUGACCAGCCCCGAGUUUACCCGGGAGGGAGGCAGGCUGCACCAGGUCAACGAGCACAGCGACGAGAUCGCCCCGAGCGCCAUGAAGGUGUUUGAGGACUACAAACAAGAGGGCUGGCCUGAGAGGGUCUGGGAGUAUACCGCUAGAGUCAUCGAGAGGGCUCUAAUAGCUACCCAGUCUGCGUGAUACGGCCAUGCUGUGGAAAAGUGCAUAAUUACAUUAGUGAUGCGAAGGACAUGGCAAAUAUGAAGACAAGACCUGCGUAAGGGUGACGAGGAAGA